AUAUAUAUUAAGUAUACUUAUACAUUACUUGGUGAAAUAUACUUCUGAUAGAGUCAAGUACAAGUAUAGUCUAAAUGUAAGUAAACUUUAAUGUAAGUAUGUAUUGAAGUAUACUUAGUAGUAUUUAAAAAAUGUACUCGGAUAACUAUACUUCUGAUAAGUACAUUGAAAGUAAACUUGGAAGUAUACUGUAUUCAUUUUUAGUAUACUUCAAGUAUACUUCAGUGUACUUCUUUUUGGUAAGGGUAGCACCAGCCCAUCCAGGCUAACGCUAGCCUAUCCAUGCUAAUAGACAGCAGAAGGAGUGUGUGAACCAGUCAAUGACCAGCCGAGGGCUGCUAGUCCCUAGCGUAUCUAGUAAUAAUGCCGGUAAAGGUGCUAUUCCUCAGUAAGCAGCGCCAGCCUCUCAGUUACCGGCGCCAGCUUAUCAUUAAUCAGGUCGGUAGUUUGCUUCAGAAUUUAUAUAUCCUCCUGCUGCUGGGCAGUAGUCUUAACUUUGGCCCCCAUACCGCGCCAUAAUGAAUGGGACGGUGUUCUGGUCAGAGGUUCACUGGGGUGCCGGCGUUCGGGCUGAAGCAGCCGUUGGCUCAGAGUUUUUCUCAUUUUAUUGAUUUUUGAUAAAGAUAAAGGUUAACAUCAGGUUUAUUCAUCAGUCAUCUGGUAACAGGUAACAGCUCUACAGCAGAUUUACUGAAAACAGUUUCAUUAAUAACAGCCCAGACUGAUGCUAGUCUGAGGUUAGACCCUAUUGGUGACCUGACGAGGGUCAGAUGAUUGUUCUGAUGUGUAAACCUCACUUUGUGACAGAACACAUGACUUUUCCAGCUUUCGUUUCCUGAAUACGGGUUGUAGAAACGAUCAACACACUUUUCUCAGGUUGAAUUAGUAUCCAAAUACCUAAAACGUUACAAACAGAUUUCUGGUGUCGCUACAAGUUCUGAUCUCCUCUCUGCAGGCUGAAGAGCUGCAAGUGAGUCAACAGAAGAUUUAUAAUCUCGAAUCAGAGCAGCAUCCGGAUAGAGCUCUGUGAUCCUGGCUGGAACUUGUGUGACUUCCUCUUUGGGGUUUUGCAGCUUCACGAACGUGAGUGAGGCCAGCAGGACUUUUGUCUCACACAUUUAGUCCAGCUCCUCCAUGAUGCCUCCCUCCUCCAAUUCCUCCGUGGACAAGCAAUGCAUCGUCAACGACCAGAUGGGCCCCUUCGUCGUCCUCUACAUCCUCAUCCUCAUUAUGGGCCUACCUGGGAACCUGCUGUCGGUGUGGGCGUUCAUCCGGAGUAGCAGAACUGGGGUAGGACUGCGCCUCAUGUCCCGUGCCCUGAUUGGUCUACAACUGGUCGUGUCUCAGCAGCCUCGGAGGAGCACCAGCAUCUACCUGCUCAACCUGCUGCUGGCCGACAUCCUGCUGCUCUUUGCUCUGCCCUUCAAGGUCCUAAAGGAUCUGGGAGCAGUGCCGUGGAACCUCAUGGUGAUCCACUGCCAGGCCAGUGCUGUCAUCAUCUACAUCAGCCUGUAUGCAUCCAUCGCUUUCCACACCUUCAUCAUCAUUGACCGCUACCUGCAGGACCGCCACACGUUGCGCUCCCUGAGGCUGCAGGAGGCCAGCUUCGCCUGGCUGCUAGCGAUGGUCGUCUGGACGCUGCUGCUGCUCAUCAUGGUGCCCAACAUGGCUCUUCCCACAAAGCAGGUCCAGGUACCCCGGUACCUCAGCUGUUCCUCUCUGAAGGAGGACAUCAGCCUCCACUGGCACACCAUGACAGUUUUCCUCUGCAUGGCGUUGUUCCUCAACGCCUCGGUGGCUGUGCUCAUCUGCAGCGGCCUUGCUCUGAAAACACUCCUGCGCAGUUGCAGUGACGCCAAACUCUGGGUGCGUGACCGGCAGGUGGUGCUGAGCGUGGCCACCAUGGCGCUGGCCUACACACUCAGCUUCGUUCCCUAUCACGUGGCGCGGACGCCGUACACGCUGGCCCAGACCAAAGUCAUCACGGACUGCCAGACUAAGAAGCAGCUAUUUCUGGGGAAGGAGUCCACGCUGCUGCUGAGCGUGCUGCACGUCUGCUUCGACCCCCUGCUCUUCCUCUACCUCGAUGCACCGUUCAGAGUGAUAAUCAGGAAGUUGUUCUCCUGCUGCGGGAACCAGACGGAGGGAGGAGCAGAGGAGCAGGCUGCACAGGAAAUGAUGCUGCAGAGAACCGAUGCGCAGCAGGAGGCUGCGUCCUGAUCGCUGAUCUCCAAACUGCUGAGGAGCGCUGCAGAAGCGCACAGGAGCUCGAGUGCAACCACAGACUUCCUUUCCUCAAAACUACUCUACGAAAACUGAUAACGACUUGAAGUCCUUUUAAAGUUCAGUUCAAAUGAAACGAAGCUCAGUCAUGAUGUUAAACAGGCUAAUCAUGGAAGAGAAGACUAUUUUAUCUUCUGUUUAUUCCUUAAAUCAAGUUUAUUUUUUGUGUAAAUAAUAAAACUGAGAUUAGUUUGUGUUUUUUAACAGAACCAACACAUUUAAAAGUUUUGGAGGAGGAGGUUUCUAAAUUUCAGGAAAUAACCGCUGUCUCUGAUGAGAGAGAACGCCCAGUUUCCCUCUUGCACGCUCUGUUUACUAGUAGUAGUGAUGUGUCGGUCGCGAACGAACCGGCUCUUAGAGCCGGCUCUUUGAAGUGAAUGACAGGAGCCGGCUCGUCAUUGGGAGGAUCAGACUCAGACACACAGCAGAGCACAUGUGGGAGGAGGGAGAGAGAGGGAAUGAGGAGGAAGAAAAAGGCGAGCGAGAGAGGUGAGUGCGACGAAGACGGUGAGAAAAUGAGCGCCAGCAGUCGGAAA